CGCCAGACGCACAUCACAUCAUCACUCGGGGCCGGGCGCUCUCGGCCGCCGCCGCCCGCCGCCACCGCUGCCGGCCAGCAGGUACCGGUGCGCCCCGACGAGCUCCUCCCGGAAGCGCGCCAGGUCGAGCCGCACGUUCUGCCGGUCCAGGUACACCUUCUUGGUCACGUCCCAGCCGCGCGCGCUGCGCCACGCCGGCGGGGUCCGUCAGCACGGGGUCGCCCGUGGGGUACUCGCGGGACAGCGAGCUCUCCUUGGGGGCGAUCUGUAUAUGUAAAUGUUGUAGGGGCUCACCUGAGCUCUAGGCAAGGUCACCGUAUAGAUACCGCCGCUUUUUCUAAACCUUGCUCGACGUUUGGCACGCAACCUGAACUCGUCUCGCCCGCGGCCGAUCUCCUCUCCUCCAUCCGCUCGCCGCGCCGCAAUCCGGAGAGGAGACUACACUAGGUCGAGCACCACCUGGGGCUGAGCGUUCUCGCGACCAGUUCCGGCGCGGCGUCCGCCCUCUGCAGUCACUCGCCACUCGCCCCCGCGACCGUCGUUGUUGUCCUACUUCGACACUCGCCACCUUGGCCGGCGACGAGCACCACCCGGACAGCAGUUUUAUUGAUCUACAAGCUUCAGAACAUGUUCAGGAAUACGUUUCAGUCUGGGUUCCUGUCCAUUCUUUAUAGCCUCGGGACCAAGCCAUUGCAGAUAUGGGACAAAGAAGUUGUGAAUGGGCACAUUAAACGACCUCAAGAUGAAGAUAUCCAAUCUAAUGUACUUGAAAUCAUUGGAACAAAUGUACAGUCAACUUACAUCACAUGCCCAGCUGAUCCUUCUGCUACUCUUGGAAUUAAGCUUCCAUUUCUGGCCAUUAUUAUGAAAAAUCUUAAGAAAUACUUCACGUUUGAGAUCCAAGUUCUGGAUGACAAGAAUGUCCGACGUCGAUUUCGAGCAUCAAAUUUUCAAUCUGUUACAAGGGUGAAGCCAUAUAUCUGCACAAUGCCGCUGAAGCUUGACGAUGGCUGGAACAACAUUCAGUUGAACCUCGCUGAUCUGACAAAAAGGGCGUAUGGCACAAAUUACGUCGAGACCCUGCGGGUGCAAGUUCAUGCAAACUGCCGACUUCGCAGAAUUUACUUCUCUGACCGCCUCUACUCAGAGGAGGAGCUGCCGCCUGAGUUCAAGCUUUACCUUCCAAUCCAAAAAUCAUAAGGAUCCAGAGGGCACGGAGAGACUUUGGUCACCAGGAGACAUACAGCAUGUCAUUGUGAGGAUCCCUUGCGCAUAACCUACCUAGCUGCACAUUUGCCUUCCUGAGAUCCAGAAAAGUAUCAGAAUGUUUCUGUUAGUUUUCUGUUUGUUGUGUGCUGAACGAUUAGGCUCUUAGUUGGGGGCUCUUUUACCCAGUGACCCCAUGUCAACAACUCAAUGUUAUUAUUAGUCCCAAACCCUUUGGCUACUGGUCUUUCUGGUCCAAAGCAAAAACGUACCGUUACUGCUUACUAGUACUGCCUGGUCAUUUAACGUGCUCCUUCCAUAGUUGUACUGUCUCUAUGAUAGUAUCAUGUGACCA